AUGUGGAGGAAAACCCAGCUUGUGUAUGAAUUGUACUUAACACUUAAACCUGCCUUGUCUCGCCUGCAGGUGGAGGUCUCCGCCUCGAGGCGCACCAACUACGAGCUGUACGGUGCUGCCGGCGGGGCGACCGCCGCCCCCAACUCCACCUCCUCCUGGGCGGGGGUGGACGGGGCGGAGGGCGGGGAAGGGGUGGAGGUCCCUGCGGGGAUCCCGCAGAGCGAGGCGGCCCUGGAGGCGCUGCAGGACUGCAUCAAGAAGGUCCGCGAGGGCCCCCCCACGCUCACCACCGUGUGCUUCUACGCCUUCCACCACACGGAGCAGACGCUGAACACCGCCGAGGUGUCGGCCGACAGCCGGCUGCUGGCCGCCGGCUUCGACAGCUCCACCGUGAAGCUCUGGAGCCUCCGGGCCAGGAAGCUGAAGGCCAGACCGCAUCGGGCCGACGUGUCGCUCAUCCACCUGGCCUGCGACGUCCUGGAGGAGGAGGCGGAUGAAGAGGACGCCUCCGGCAGCGAGGUAAAGACGCUGCGGGCCCACAGCGGCCCGGUGUUUCGCACCGCCUUCCUGACGGACGGCUCGGGCCUGCUCUCCUGCUCCGAGGACACCACCAUCCGCUACUGGGACCUGGGCAGCUUCGCCAACACGGCGCUGUACCGGGGCCACGCCUACCCGGUGUGGGACGUGGACGUCAGCCCCUGCAGCCUCUACUUCGCCAGCGGCUCGCACGACCGCACCGCUCGCCUCUGGACCUUCUCCCGCAGCUACCCGCUGCGGCUCUACGCCGGGCACCUCGCCGACGUCGACUGCGUCAAGUUCCAUCCGAACUCCAACUACCUGGCCACCGGCUCCACGGACAAGACCGUCCGUCUGUGGAGCACCCAGCAGGGGGCGUCCGUCCGGCUCUUCACCGGGCACCGCGGCCCGGUGCUGUCCCUCGCCUUCUCCCCCAACGGGAAGUACUUGGCGUCGGCCGGCGAGGACCAGAGGGUGAAGCUACCUGCGCGUACACACGGACAGCUGGGGGACUGCUGGCUUCUGGCAGCCAUCGCAUCCUUGACCUUAAAAAAAGACGCCAUGGCCCGAGUCAUCCCCCGGGACCAGGAGUUUGACCACAGAUACGCCGGCAUCUUCCACUUCCAGUUCUGGCAUCACAACCGGUGGCUGGACGUGGUGGUGGACGACCGGCUGCCGACGGUGAGAAACGAGCUCAUCAUGCUGCACUCCGCCACCAACAACGAGUUCUGGAGCGCUCUGCUGGAGAAAGCCUACGCCAAACUGCACGGCAGCUACGAGUCCCUGAAGGGGGGCAGCACCAUGGAGGCCAUGGAGGACUUCACCGGCGGCGUCGGGGAAAUAUACGAAACCAAGAGAGCGCCAGACAACCUGUACACCAUCAUGAAGACCGCGCUGAACCGGGGCUCCAUGAUGGGAUGCUCCAUCGAUAUCAGCAGCUCGGCGGAGUCGGAGGCCAAGACCACGACCGGCCUGGUGAAGGGACACGCGUACUCCAUCACAGGCCUGGACGAGGUGAGUGUCAGAGGCCAGAAGGUCCAGCUGGUCCGGAUCAGGAACCCCUGGGGUCAGGUGGAGUGGAACGGACCCUGGAGCGAUGACUCCAGAGAGUGGAACUAUGUCGACGCAGCCGAAAAAAAACGCCUCCAGCAGAGUUCAUCGGACGAUGGCGAAUUCUGGAUGGAGUUCGAAGACUUCAAGAGGAACUACGACAAGGUGGAGAUCUGCAACAUGACCCCCGACGCCCUGAACGAAAACCCAAACCGCCGCUGGGAGGUCAACAUGCUGGAGGGGAACUGGAUCCGCGGCUCCACCGCCGGCGGCUGCAGGAACUUCAUCGACACAUUCUGGAACAACCCGCAGUUCAAGCUGCAGCUGGAGGACGCCGAGGACGACGGCGACGACGGGUGCAGCGUGAUCAUCGCCCUGAUGCAGAAGAACAGGCGGAAGCUGAGGAAGGAAGGCAUGGACCUGGAGACCAUCGGCUUCGCUUUGUACAAGGCCCCGGAAGGCGUGGACCACCUGGGGAAAGACUUCUUCCGCUACAACCCAUCCGCGGCCCGUAGCAAGACCUACAUCAACAUGCGGGAGGUGACGGAGCGCUUCGAGCUGCCCCCGGGGGAGUACGUGCUGGUCCCCACCACCUUCCAGCCCCACCAGGAGGCCGACUUCAUCGUCCGGAUCUUCUCUGAGAAGAAGGCCGCCGCUCUUGAGAUGGGGAGCAACGUUGACGCCAACCUGCCAGAUCCGCCCAUGCCCACGUCUCCAGAGGAGGAGACAACGGAGGAGAAAGGCCUGAGGAAGCUGUUCGAUCAGCUGGCCGGUGACGACAACGCCAUCUCUGUCAGGGAGCUGCACCAGAUGCUCAACGCCGUUCUCAGCAGACGAAAAGAAAUCACGUUCAAGGGCCUGAGUCUGAGCACCUGCCAUAGUAUCAUCAACCUGAUGGACGUGGACAACACCGGCAUGCUGGAGUUCCAAGAGUUCAAGGUCUUCUGGGAAAAGAUGAAGAAGUGGAUCAUGCUCUUCUUGACCUUUGACACCGACCGCUCAGGGAAGAUGUCGUCCUACGAGCUCCGCAGUGCCCUCAGUGCUGCAGGCAUGCAGCUGAACAACAAGCUCCUGCAGCUCAUCGGCUUGAGGUUUGCUGACGUGGACUACAACUUGAACUUCGACGACUACCUCACCUGCAUCGUCCGUCUGGAGAACAUGUUCAGAACUUUCCAGGUUCUGGACAAAGCUAAGAGGGGACGGGUGAAGAUGAACAUCAUGCAGUUCCUGAUGUUGUCGAUGAACGUCUGAGGAGACUCUGAAGGCAAACAGAAGCCACCCGAAGAACAAA